UGGGCGUGUUCGGUCACAGUGCUACAGUAUACCAGUUAGGCUAUCUACGCUGGAAUACUUCCUUAUUCUGAGCUACAGUCGCCGAGGAUUCAGUUGUACCUUCCAGUCAUCUGAAGAAUGUGUAGUACUUUGGAGUAACUGCUCUUCAGAUACUUGUAUAAACGGGUGCCUGCUAGUCACACAACAAGGACCAUUGUUCACUUUAGAAGAGGAAUGGAAUUUAAAGGAGAUGGGAAGGACAAGUUCUUCAUAGUGACACGGGGGAAGGUGAGAAAAGGCUUCUCCAGAGGAUGCAUCGGCCGUGUGGAAGCAGUGAUGCAUAAGGGAGAGCUGAUGGGACUGUUGUACGGAGGUGGCAGCAGUGGGAAUCCUAAGAGCGGGGACAUGGUGAAGAGGGAGGACACGUACCCCCUCACCCGACACCAGGCCCAGCUGCUGCUCUUCGUGUCCCCCUCCAGCAAACGCCUGGAGCUCCUGUGUAACCCCCAGCUCUUUUCAGCCAUCUGUGUACUGUCUCAGGAUGACAUGGUAGUGGUUAAGCACAAGAAAGGUCACCAGCCAGGCCUGGUUCGGAACCUGAUGCUGAUCGGUAAGAAGGAGAACCAAGGGGACCUGCUGAUGCUGGGCUUUGAGGUUGAGUUUUUGCAGGACUCUGAUCAAACAGUGUCCCCUAAGAAGCCAGCUCCUCUCCCCCUGUUCAGUGCAGCAGACAUUGUCCAGGUUGUCCCAGCAUACUCUGUAGGCAUUGGCCCUCGCUGGAAAGACAGUUAUUCAGAGGGUCUAAACAGAAAGGCGGUGCCACCUAUCAUCUCCAUGUCUAAUAUGGGAUCUCGUGGACGACAAGUGAGAGGUAUAAACCAUUUAGACCAGAAUGUCACCCAAACCCCAACCCAAAGCCCGUCACACCACCCUUUUGAGGUGGGAUCCAUGGUGGAGGUAACAUCCAACACUGGGAUAACUGUAUACGGGGUGAUCCGUUGGAUGGGCGUCCUUUCAGAAAAUAAAAAUGACUGGGCCGGAAUUGAGCUGGAUUAUGAGGUGAAUAAUUGCUCAGAUGGGACGUAUGGAGGCCAGCAGUACUUCACUUGUAAAGGGGGCAGGGCCCUGUUUGUGCCCCUCACAAAGUGCAGUCCAGAUGGAAGGUUCUUAUGUCCCCCCUCUGAAAAGGAGACCCUGAAAGCAACAGAUAUCCCCCCAGUCAUUCCAUUGGAGGAAACAGAUGAGAAUGUCCCUCCUAUCCCGGAGGCGGAAGCCCUGUCUUUGCUCGUGGGCAAGAUGAAGGGGAUCCAGGGGCACUAUAACUCCUGCUACCUCGACGCCACUCUCUUCAGUUUGUUCUGCUCAUCUAUGACCCUGGACAGUGUUUGUCACAAACCAGAUGGCACAGAAAAGAGCAUAUCUCGCUCUCUGAAGAAAGACAUUGUCAACCGUUUGCGCAGACAAGGUUUUGUGCCUGCUGAGAGCGUAAUGAACUUCCGCAAGCAGCUCGGUUGUGACACCUUUGUAACAGAAGAGAAAGACCCUGAAGAGUUCAUCACAAUCCUUCUACAGCGGGUGCUUUGCAUGAAGUCAUUGCUUAAACUCAGGUCGAAUGACGACACAUCUCAGGAUGCCUACACAUUCCAGAUUAUUCUGGAUAAGGAGCAGGUGACACAGACUCCCACUGUCCAGCAACUCCUGGAUAUCUCCUUCCUGUCUUGUGGCCUCAAGUUUGAGGAGAUCCCAUCCUGCCUCAUGGUCCACAUGCCAAGGUUUGGGAAGAAGUACAAGAUGUUCCCCUACAUUAUCCCCUCAACAGAAUUUGACAUCACAGAUCUUCUAUACAACUCCCCCCGAGAAUGCUUCCUCUGUGGGCGUUUGGCAGAGUACGAGUGCCCCCAGUGCCUACAAGACCGCAAGCUCCAGCCAGGAAGAAUCAAACAGUAUUGCACUACCUGCAAGACACAGGUGCACAUUCAUCCCUCUCGGCAGAGCCACUGCCCUAAAGCCCUGGCAGUGCCAGCGGAGGUGCCAGCAGAUGCCCCUGUACCCAGGCACAAAAUGCAGUUGUUCGCUGUGCUCUGUAUCCACACCAGCCACUAUGUGUCCUUUGUAAAGUAUGGCCCUGGCCCUCGCUCCUGGCUCUUCUUCGACAGCAUGGCAGACAGAUGUGGUGAGAUUAACCUCAAAGAACACAGUUACAACGUAUUACCAAACGUAUGUGGACACCUGCUCUUCGAACAUCUCAUUCCAAAAUCAUGGGCAUCAAUAUGGAGUUGGUCCCCCCUUUGCUGGUAUAACAGCCUCCACUCCUCUGAGAAGAUGUUGGAACAUGGAGGGGGGGGGGGGUCCCACGUUGAAAGUCCCUUAGCUCUUCAGUACAGCCAUUCUACUGAAAAUAUUUGGCUAUGGAGAUUGCAUGGCUGUGUGCUCGAUUUUAUACACCUGUCAACAACGGGUGUAGCUGAAAUAGUCGAAUCCACUCAUUUGAAGGGGUGUCCACAUACUUUUGUAUCUUUGUCUAAGAAUCUUGUCUGUUGCCAUCAAAAGUUUAUUUCAAAACCUACUGAGUGGAUGUCGGGUUGGUACAACAUUAUUCUAAAAGGAAGAACAGACCGCUAAAUCCAUUUCUUCUGAGGUGCGGAACAAAUAAUAGUUCCGUUCAAUUGCAGACUGUUCCUUGCCUUGUAAAGUUAUUUAUUUGUCUUACUUGUCACUAGAUACCCAGUGACUUACUUUGUCUUUGAACCUGAUGUAGAGAACACUGCAACCUGACGUAAAUGUCUAGUCUUAUCACUUGUCAGAUGCCUAAUCUUCAGUCCCCUCAGGUGAUGACCAGAGUGGCUACAACAUUCCAGAGAUCAGGGCUUGUCCUGAGGUGGGUGACUUCCUGUCUCAGUCAGAGGAGGAGCUAGCGCGGGGUGACCCCUCCCAGGCUGGAGAGCCUGUCCGCAGGCUGCUGAGUGACUCCU